AUGGUUGCAUCAUAUUUACCUAAUGAUAUUUGGGAAACCAUCUUCAACCUCAACAUCAAUGAUAACGACGAUGACAACCGUCGCUACUUGAAUUCUUUAUCUCUCGUCUCGAAACAGUUUCUCUCCAUCACCAACCGUUUCAUAUUCUCACUUACUGUCUACGAUGGAUCAACAAGCUUCCUUGGCCUCUUGAAAAGAUUCACCAACCUCAACUCCCUCGCACUCGCCACCUCCUUCUACUUUAACACUGAAGUUGAUAAGAUUCUCAUCAAAAUAUCUUGUUUCCCAUUGAAACUCACCUCCCUAAGUCUCCCUCACUAUUGUACCAUUCCCGCAGAUGGGUUGCGAUCUUUUUCACAAAAUAUUACAACUCUGACCUCUCUCACUUGUUACCAAAUUCGUUAUCUUAAUACCUCUGAUUUAUUUCUCAUUGCUGAAUGUUUUCCUUUACUCCAAGAACUCGACUUCAGUUAUCCCUCUGACUCGGGUUACAAAAAUUACAGUAGCUACGAAGAUGGGGUAAAGGCUAUUUCACUUGCACUUAUCAAACUCCGCAAGGUUAAUCUUUCUGGAUUUCCCAUAAACAACCAAUCGCUUUUCCACUUAUUUAACAAUUGUAAGUAUCUUGAAGAGGUCAUCAUGUUUGACUGUGAUGAAAUAACCAAUGAAGGAAUUGCUUCUGCUCUCCGUGAGAGACCAGGAUUGAGGUCUCUAUCGUUUUCUGCUACUUCUUCCAAUCCGGAAUACAGAGAAAUGUUUGCUACCUCACAUUUGAUUGACUCAUUGGUGAGUUUGAAGAGUUUGACUUGUCUUGCUUUGCACAAUUUGAAUAUCUCAGAUGAGUUGCUCAACUCUAUUGCAAGGGAAGGUCUUCCUUUGAUGAGUCUUGACCUCCAAUCUUGCACUGACUAUAGUUUUAAUGGAAUCUUUUAUUUGUUAUCCAAGUGUCAACAUAUCCAACAUUUGGGUCUUGAAAGUGCUUAUUUUUUGGAAGAUCAACAUGUUGUCCAACUAUCUUCGUUGCUUCGUGAUUUGGUGUCUAUAAACCUUACUUGUUGUCAGCUCACAAAAUCAGCAUUGUUUACACUCGCUAAUAACUGUCCUUCACUUAGUGAGAUCAACAUGGAAAUGACCGGGGAAAACGUUGUAGGGAACUCUGAUUCUUUGGGGAAGUUGUGUGUAUACCCUCAAUUAAAGGCUCUCUAUUUGGGUAAGACUUCAUGGUUAAGUGAUGAAAGCAUCAUAAUGUUUGCUUCCAUUUUCCCCAAUUUAGAGCUGCUUGAUUUGAAUUUGUGCAAUGACAUAUCUGAAGGUAUUUGUGAAGUUUUAAGGAAAUGUUAUAAGCUUAGACAUUUGAACUUAGCCUACUGUCCAAGAGUGAAGCUACAUGGAUUGAACUUUGUAGUUCCCAAGCUGGAAGUGUUGGACUUGUCAAAUACAAAGGUUGAUGAUGAAACACUUUAUGUGAUCUCAAAGAAUUGUCCUGGCCUUUUGCAACUAUUACUUGAACAUUGCAAUGAUGUCACAGAGAAGGGAGUAAAACAUUUGGCAGAAAACUGCACACAACUGAGAAAGAUUAAAAUAGGAAACUCUUCCCACGUCAAAGAUGCCUUAUUCUUUACUGAUAUUCGGAAAGUACUAUGCUGA